ACAGUAAAUAAAAUAACCACAGAUUUAUGGAUCCAUCACCAUAAGAACUCCACAAAUAUCAAACAAAAACCCGAAACUGAAAACAAAAACAAAAACUAAAAAUCAAAACCCGUCACUCCACAAUCUACAAUGGGCAGGAAGUUUUUCGUUGGCGGUAACUGGAAAUGCACUGGAACCACCGAAGAAGUGAAGAAGAUAGUGUCAACUCUCAAUGAUGCUCAAGUGCCCUCAUCUGAUGUUGUUGAGGUUGUUGUAAGCCCUCCAUACGUGUUUCUUCCUCUGGUGAAAAGUUCGCUGAGGCCUGAUUUUCAUGUUGCGGCUCAAAAUUGUUGGGUUAAGAAAGGAGGUGCUUUCACCGGUGAAGUCAGUGCUGAGAUGCUUGUGAAUCUGGGUAUUCCUUGGGUCAUUCUUGGUCACUCCGAAAGGAGAAGUCUCCUGAAUGAAUCAAAUGAGUUUGUGGGCGACAAGGUUGCAUAUGCACUUUCUCAAGGGUUGAAGGUGAUAGCUUGUGUUGGUGAGACUCUUGAGCAGCGGGAAGCAGGAUCUACCAUGGAGGUUGUUGCAGCACAAACCAAAGCAAUUGCAGCACGAGUAUCAAACUGGGCUGAUGUUGUUUUGGCCUAUGAGCCCGUGUGGGCUAUUGGAACAGGAAAGGUUGCAAGUCCUGCUCAGGCACAGGAGGUGCAUUUUGAACUGAGGAAAUGGCUCCAUGCAAAUACCAGCCCUGAAGUUGCUGCAACCACCAGGAUUAUUUAUGGAGGAUCCGUUAAUGGUGCAAACUGCAAGGAAUUGGCAGCAAAACCUGAUGUUGAUGGCUUUUUGGUUGGUGGUGCUUCCCUAAAGCCGGAGUUCAUUGACAUUAUCAAGUCUGCUGAAGUGAAGAAAAGUGCCUGAGCACAGAACCAGGGCACUGGGGGCGACUCUUUGAUGCUUAUGUUUGGGGAGGUAUAGAAUCCAUCAUGUACAAUUUAGACAUGUUUUCGAGGAAAUAAGUUUUCAAUCUUGUGUAAUGAUAUCAGCACUUUAACCGGCUUUAUGUUUGAAUAAAGAUAACUAUUUCCUUCCCAA